UGAAACACUUUUCUCCAAUCUCUCGCGUUACAUUCCAGGCACGAUGGAUCCCAGUAUUCUAGCAACCAUGGACCGUGACGCACUGAAAAAGCAGAUCGAAAACAUGAAGUACCAAGCUUCGAUGGAGCGGUGGCCAUUGUCGAAGAGUAUCGCAGCCAUGCGAGAAUACGUGGAGGAGAACGAAAAGAACGAUCCACUCAUUCACGCUCCGGACAAGAAGAAUAAUCCUUGGGCUGAGAAGGGCAAAUGUGUCAUCAUAUAAAAUGACACGGUCGAUGGUCACUUGUCGUAAGCAAUGCCGCGCCUCCGUAGUGUCACACAAAAGAACGCAACCGGAGCACCGAGAGCGAACGAGCAAGG